GCACCUUGAUGAAUCUGACAAUUAGAGCAGUUCAGAGUUUACAUGCAUGUCUGUUUAUUUCUUUAGCUUUUUGUCACAGUCCCGUUUCGAUUGGAAGAAGCACGCUUUUCCUGAACGAUCGCUUCUGUCUGAUCUCUGUUUCUGCACUCGGCUCCUUCCGUCUGUCAGACCCAACAUGGCGGCCUCCGCGGCUUCACGUGAGGUCUUCACGGAGGGAGUCCGAGCGGUUCUUCAAACCUGGCCGGUUCUUCAGAUUGCGGUGGAUAACGGGUUUGGAGGCGUCUACGGCCAGCAGAAAGCUGAUUGGAUGGUGGAUGUGGUUCAGCAGUAUUUCCAUGACAACGGUGGCUGACCUGCAGCAGUACGAAGUCGAGGACUUCAUCGCUGAGCUGAUGGAUCAGGAGUUCAAUACAGUGGUGGAUGAUGGGAGUUUACCACAGGUGUCCGCCAAUCUGCUGCAGAUGUUCGGUCAGUGGCGGCAGGGGGCACUGGAGCAGCUCAAACACACCAUCAACACUCUGACACAGAAUAAGAGUCAAAGGGCAAAGGUCACGGCUCAGCCCACACAGUCUGAUGAAGAGAGCAACGAUGACGCACAGGAGAUGGAGUGUGAAGCGUCUGGUCCAUCGGUCAGCAGGACACAUCCUCCUCCUCCCCCUCCUACUCAGGAUGAAGAAGAUGGCUGGACGGUGGUGAGGAAGAAGAAGUGAAGAUUUUAGGAUGAACUGUUAAACUGAGAGACUGAAGCAGCUCACCUUUGACCUACAGGAAGAGACUUUUUAGUGAAAGCUGGGCCUCAGCCUCCACCUGCUCCAGACUGAAAGGGUCCUGCAGGCUCAGAAAGGCGUGCUGUUUGUCGGCCGCCUGCUGGGACGUUCAGUCUGGAGCAGGUGGACGAGGACGAUGUCCUUAAACCGGAGUCACUCUGCUUCCUGUGGAUGAAUUUUUUAUUAUUAUUAUUAAACACUUUGACCAUA